AUGACGAACACUGAGAGAGAGAUCCUGGAGCGGGAGCUCCGGCCACGGCUCUGUUAUUUGACUAAAGGAGACCGCGGCUACGGAUUUCAUCUGCACGGCGAACGCAACCGAGGAGCGCAGCUCAUCCGCAGGAUCGAGACGGGCUCCCCCGCGGACCUGUCCGGUCUCAGGUCCGGUGACCGGGUGGUGGAGGUGAACGGAGAGAACGUGGAGGGAGAGACGCAUCAGCAGGUUGUGCAGAGGAUCCUGGAGGUGGAGCACCGCACCAGGCUGCUGUUGGUGGACCGGGUCACAGAUGAGUUCCUGAAGUUUCACGGUCUGCCGUGUACAGAGGACAGGGCGAUUGAGAUGGGCUCUCGCUCCUCAGCGGCCUCCUCUCCUCGAGACUCCACCACUCCUCCAUACAGUAGACAGAGCUCAGAGAGCAUUCUCAUUAAUAAGACCGGCUCAUUAGCUAAUGUGGGAGCUAAAACAGUCAGUUUUCCUGGUUUGUUGACCUACAUACUUCUUCUGGAGUUCAUUGCUGUUCUUGUGUUCCUGUUCUCUCUCCAGGAGGAGACGGUGAUGGAGGAGGGUGAGGUAACGAAGGACCUGCAUCCACGCUUGUGUCACAUGACCAUCGGCGAGCAGGGCUACGGCUUCAACCUGCACUGAAAGAAGUCUCGCUCGGGUCAGUUCAUCCGCUCAGUGGACCCUGACUCUCCGGCGGAGCGUGCGGGCCUGAGGCCCAGAGACCGGCUCAUCGAGGUGAACGACAGGAGCAUCGAGGGCCUCCCUGUGUCUUCUUCACCGGUCCCAGACACCCCCAAGAUCUCUCCACCAAUCAGCAACAUCACAUGGACUGACCCACCAAUCAGCAACGGCUCGCCAAGACACGAGAGUCACAGAAGCUCCUCCUCCCGAUCCACGUUUUUAGAGUCGAACGCUGAAAUCAGCAGCUUUGACACCAGCAACAAGCUCACAGAUUCUGACCAUCACUCCAUCGAUGACGGCCCUAAACCAAACCCAGGUGUGAACUCUGAGGAGCGGCGUCUAGAUCCGUUCUGGGAGAGCGGUCUGCAUCUGAGUCUGACCGCGGCCGAGGCCAAGCAGAGAGCCUGGGCCAAACGGCCCAACAAGAGAGCGCCCCCUAUGGACUGGAGCAAGAAACAGCAAAUCUUCAGCAACUUCUGAGCAGC